GCCUAGUAUACCGACGACGGUGUGACUUGAGGAACCCCCCGUGGGGCUAUACGUAACAAAAUGCGGUGGAUUACAAUUUUGGUACUUAUCGGAUGCGUUGCGAUACCAUCGCAUACGAAACCCGCAAGUAGUGUAACACGCGUUAAGCGAUCAUUUCACGAGGAGCCUAAAGGGUACUGGACAAAGAAGCUGAUUUGGAAACCUGAAUGGGUCAAGGUCUGGCAGACGCAGAAGAAGCUCGUCUGGAAGUCGGACUGGAAGAAGAUUCAAGUGCCGAUUUGGAAAGAAGUGCAAGUGCCAAUUUGGAAGGAGCACCAAGUGCCCGACUGGAAAGUGAUCUCAAAACCGAUAUGGAAAGAGAUUCAAGUUCCGGCAUGGAAGGAGAUUCAGGUACCGUUCUGGAAAGAAACGCAAGUACCCGCGUGGAAAGAGAUACAAGUACCGGAGUGGAUCGAGCAUAAAGUACCAGAUUGGAAGGAAAUCCAAGUGCCCGACAAGAAACAGGUGUGGAAACCAAUUUGGAAAGAAAUUCAAGUACCGAUAUGGAAGGAAAUCCAGGUUCCCGACUGGAAAAAGAUCUGGGUCCCUGUUUGGGUCAAAGAGGGAAUCCAUGGCGAUCAUUACUUGGGCAAAGACCAUCACGGGAACGAGUACACGGCUCACGAUAUAUGGAAGAAGAAGCUGAUUUGGAAACCAGAGUGGAAAAAGAUAUGGCGGACUGAGAAGAAGCAGGUGUGGAUCCCAGAAAAGAAGCUUGAGUGGGUUUCGGUGUGGCAGCAGAUUUGGAGAACCGAAAAGCAGCAGAUCUGGAGGGUGGAAAAGAAACAAAUUUGGAAAACGCACAAGAAAGAGAUUUGGGUCCCGAAGAAAGUGCAAGAAUGGAGAACGGAAAAGAAGCAGAUUUGGAUACCGAAAAAGGAACUGAUCUGGAAGCAGGAGAAGGUACAGAUUUGGAGGACGGAGAAGAAGGAGGUCUGGGUUACGGACAAAAAGCUAAUUUGGAAAGACGACUGGAAACAAAUCUCCGUGCCAAUUUGGAAGGAAAUCCAGGUGCCGGCAUGGAAGAAGAUUUGGAAACCAAUCUGGCAGAAGUUUUGGGUGACAGUCCACCACCACGAUCACCACGAGGAAUGGCGAUGACACCAAGUCUUAGCCUAAUCCCUUUCUGUAUAUAGAACCUUUCUUCCGCAUGUACAUAAACCAAAUUAUCGAUAUUG